AUGGAGUUAUUGUAUGAGAAUCAGAUUUUGAGAAUGCCACCAGGCACUGUUGAGAAUAUAAGGAAGAUUCACGAUUUAGAUAAACCUGAAAGAUUAGAUGAAGCUAUCAAGAUCCUGGAUGAUUGGAUACAGAAACAGGAUCAUUUGAUCAAGAAGGAUUUUAGCAGGGUGUACUUGGAGAAGACGUUGAUAUCAUGCAAGGGUUCCGUGGAGAAGGCGAAGAAGCAAAUAGACCGGCUGUGCACUAUGAAGACGCUAAACCCAAAAUUCUUCACAAAAACCAACGUGAAAGCGGAAUUGCAAAACAUUUUGAGAGUUGCAUUGCUGAUACCUCUGCCUACCCUAACGGAUGACUACUACCGAGUGCUGCUAGUCAAAAUAAGAAGCUUCGACUUGACUUCUGAAAGUUUCAUGCUGUACUUUCAGUAUUGUUUAAUUCUGUGCGAGUACAUAAAGGCUAAUGACUACGUGAACGGUUUCAUCAUAAUAUACGACUGCCGAGAGCUGAACAUGUUUGAUGUGGUGUCCAAAAUGAGCACUGUGGAGCUGCAGCAGUUUAUAACUAUUUUGAUUGAAGGCUACGGCGCUCGAAUGAAGAGUAUUCACAUCUUGACAGAAUCCAAAGCUAUAGAACUGAUCAUAAACACAGUGAAACAGUUUAUUAGUGAAAAGGUUGGCAAUAGAAUGUACGUCCAACGUACUUUAGAAGAUUUACAUAAAGAUGUGCCUAAGAAUAUCUUGCCUGUCGAGUAUGGUGGCACUGAAAAAUCUCUGGACAUUUUGCAAGAGGAAAUGGUGAGGGAGUUGAGCAAAGAAGAAUACGUAGAUUACGUGAAAAUGAUGUUUAAUGCUCGCACAGAAGAAGGAAAGAGAAACGCUGGGAAGUUCAACGAGGAAUAUCUAGGCAUGCCUGGAUCUUUCAGAGCUUUGAGUGUUGACUAA